GCUAGCCGACCUUCUCCUCUCGAGUCCUAGCAGUCAAAGAGUGAAGAUGGUUGGCGGCUCGUGCGCUCGCAGGUUGGCCCGCCGCUCGCGUUCCGCCUUGAUAGCGGCUCUCACGGUGCUGCUGGUCCAGACGCUGAUAGUGUGGAACUUCAGUAGCCUCGAUUCCGGGGAAGAACGGGAAAACGGCGGCGGUGGUGCGUCGAACAUGAGGGAGAAGAGAGACCGGGUCGGCGGCGGUGGCUACAAAGGCAGCAGCGAGUAUAUGAAGCGCGAGGUUCAGCUACAGCACCAUCCUCCACAAGGGAAAGGAACGGUUCGUCACAUACAGCAGCCGGAUGGCUACUACUCCCACCGCCCCAAGGAGAAAGUCAGAGUGGACAGCAACAAUGAGAACUCUGUGCCCAAAGACUUUGAGAACAUAGACAAUAGUAACUUUGGCGCCCGUUCGCAGCCCCAGCGCCAGCCUCCAGGGGGCGCUGACAGUAACAAACGCAGGGAGAGGCUGCAGGAGAAGGCCCAUGAUGAAAAGGCAACCUGGAAGGAUAACGCUCCGAUUCUCAGCCGGAGCUCCAACGAGGUCCUCCAGUACGGACGAGCCGUAGCCCAGAAUGGCUCACUUCCUGUGGGCCCGAAAGCGGUUGGAGCCGGGGUGGACUCCAGGAACCACCACAGCCGCUCUUCACAGCCACAGAGCCAGGGUCAGGCUCAGACUUACCCACAGUCGCAGUCCCACCCCCAGACUCAACAUAGACACCAACACCAGCAUCAAACCAGGAAGCAGGCGACUGCGGCUCCAUUGGAGGUCGUUUACGACCAGCCGCCCAAGUGUGAGAUCAGUGGGAAGGAAGCCAUUUCGGCUCUGUCCAGAGCCAAGACCAAGGAGUGCCGGCAGCAGAUAGCUGAAGUGUACUGCAGACACAAGGAAGGUCAACUGAUGCCUGAGAAGGUCACCCGCUACUGUCCCAUAGAGGGUAAGGCCAAUGCCAACGUGGCGUGGGAGGAGGACUCGUCAGAGGGCCCACCGUCGGCCCCCGUCAGGAUAGCCUUCGUCCUGGUGGUCCACGGCAGAGCCUCACGACAGUUCCAGAGACUUUUCAAGGCCAUCUACCACACCUCACACUACUACUAUAUACAUAUAGACCAGCGCUCCAACUACCUUCACAGACAGGUGCAGGCGCUGGCCUCCCAGUACCCCAACGUGAGGGUGACACCCUGGAGGAUGGCUACCAUCUGGGGCGGUGCCAGCCUGCUCACCAUGUACCUCCGCAGCAUGGCAGACCUCAUCACCAUGACCGACUGGAGCUGGGACUUCUUCAUCAACCUCAGCGCUGCAGACUACCCCAUCAGAACCAACAGCCAGCUGGUGGCCUUCCUGUCCAAGUACAGAGACAUGAACUUCAUCAAGUCCCACGGCAGAGACAACGCCAGGUUUAUCCGCAAACAAGGUCUGGACCGACUUUUCUUUGAGUGCGACACCCACAUGUGGCGACUUGGCGACCGCAAAAUCCCAGAAGGCAUUUCUGUGGACGGCGGUUCUGAUUGGUUCCUGCUCAAUCGUCCGUUCGUGGAGUACGUUAUAAACUCCCAAGACGACCUGGUCACCAACAUGAAGCGCUUCUAUACCUACACACUGCUGCCCGCCGAGUCGUUCUUCCAUACGGUGCUGGAGAACAGUGCUCACUGUGAGAGCAUGGUGGACAACAACCUGCGCAUCACAAACUGGAACAGGAAGCUGGGCUGUAAGUGUCAGUACAAACACAUAGUGGACUGGUGCGGCUGCUCCCCCAAUGACUUUAAACCUGCCGACUUCCACCGCUUCCAGCAAACGUCCCGUCCUACGUUCUUCGCCAGGAAGUUUGAAGCCAGUGUUAACCAGGAGAUAGUGAACCAACUAGAUGGCUACCUGUUUGGACCCAUGCCCCAGGGGACCCCUGGCCUCCAGGCCUACUGGGAGAGUGCGUUUGACGAGGCUGAUGGGGUCGCAACCCUGAGCGACACACAGCUCACACUCUACCAUGCGUUUGCUCGUCUGGGCCUGGCCAGGGCGGCAGCAUCGCUGCAAGGAGAUCCUAAGGAUGACAGCUGCAGGUAUUUCCCCAUGGGCCACCCAGUGUCAGUGCAUCUCUACUUCCAGUCGGACCAUUUCCAAGGCUACCUGGUCAAGCACCACGCCACUAACCUGGCAACCAGCAAGCUGGAGACCCUGGAGACCUGGGUGAUGCCCAGGAAGACCUACAAGGUGGCUUCCCCUCCCAGCACCUUCACCAGGCUGCAGUUCGCUGAGAUCGGCACAGAGUGGGAUGCCAAAGAGCGCAUGUUCCGUAACUUCGGUGGUCUGAUGGGUCCCAUGGACGAGACAGUCGGGAUGCAGCGGUGGUCCAAGGGCCCCAAUGUGACCGCCACCGUGGUAUGGAUUGACCCCACCAACGUCAUCGCUGCCACCUACGAUAUCCUGAUCGACGCCAGCGCAGAGUACACCCACUACAGACCCCCCCUGAACCAGCCUCUCAGGCCUGGGGUGUGGACCAUACGGGUGUUGCAUCACUGGAGCCCCGUGGCCGAGACGAGGUUUCUGAUUAGUCCGCUGGCUUAUAUGAAGCAUCAGCCUAUAAGACAAGAGGACACGCUGAAGCUCCACAAUGGACCAGCCAAGAACAGUUAUAUGGAGCAGAGCUUCCACGGCCUCAACCCCGUGCUCAACAUCCCUGUACACCUGGGCCAGGUGGAGCAGGCUAAGCGCAACGCCGCCCUGACUGGCCCCGCCUUGGAGCGCUGGGUAGACGGCCUGGUGGGUGCGAUGUGGGAGGCUGGGGACGUGUGUUCCACCUCCAUGACAGGGGGACCUGGAACAUCCUGCCCCGUCAUGCAGACCUGCGCCAAGACCCCCUGGAGCUCACUCAGUCCGGACCCCAAGUCCCAGCUGGUCCCGCCGCAUGCCGACGGGCGCAUCAGGUAGCAGUGGCGCCUCCGGCUGGACAGGAGGCCACACUCCAGGUCUUAAGUUUAAAUAAUUUAUUUUUUAAAUCUCCUUUUUGUUUUAUUUGUAUUUUUCAGUCGACGUAAUGGAUCACAUCAGGAGAGAAAAGGCGGAAGUUGUGUUUCUUUUAAGGUUGGUUUGAGGUUGAAGGAACGUUGAAGAGGAAGAGAAUGUCUGGGGAAGGUUCUGUGGUGUCAUCCAAGUUUCAGACUCCUGAAGUCUUCCUCUUUGGGGUUUCUGCCGGCUUUGUCGUGUUCUGUUUCCCGAUGUAUGUAUUUUCAUCUCACCGCUGAGUUUACUGUGAUUGAUGCUGUGUCCGACGUAGAGACAAAUGUUGCUUUGCCAAGCACCUAGUAAGGCUGCCUAGUCUGCUGCUAAAUGGAAGAGCGAUUGAGAAGUCAGUCAGAAGGAAGAGUGUUCGGGUGGAACAGGAUAGUCGACACUGGUAGUGGACCAAGUUCUGGGCCCGCAUUCACAAAGCCUCUCAGAGUACGAGUGCUGAUUUAGAAUGAGUUCUCUCUUUUAAAUCAUAACGAAUAUGAUUAUAUAGACAGGGCGGGACCUGGUCCUAGAUCAGCACUUCUACUCUGAGGUGAUUUGUGAAUACGAGGCCUGCUUCUCAAGGUUGGUUUGGCCUACAUGUAGGGAGAUAGACUGAACCGCAACCUCGGAGGGUGUCGCGAAAAUGUAUCUUUUUUUUUUUAAAGCAAAAUUCCUUGCCUCGAUCUUUGCGUAUGACUGACAAAGUUACUAUGGCACAGCACUACUUAUUGACUUUCAGUGCCUGAACAGGAGAAAGGUGUGUUGGUGUGACUGGACUAUCGAGUGGCAUUUGUGCCAGUAGAAGUUGAAUUAAAUUCAUGAAUGAUUGAAACUAGAUCCAGUUCCUAUUGGCACUGAUAUCACUCCAUACUGGACAGCCUGAAACUUGAAAUGAAAGUAUAUCAGCUGUGCUUUCGCAAGAAAACAGACAUUCUCAAGCUUAUUUUAUCAUUUCCUUUUCUAAGAAUUUUUGUUCAUUUGUUUUUAACGACAGUUUAUGUUGCAAGUAUGAAACAGAUUAUGUCUCAAAGUUAUUGUCGAGUGAAUGGAGUAAGUUGUCCACAAGUUGCUAUUUAUUUAUAAGUUUAUAUAAAUACAGAAUAUUUUUAGUCAAUGACUAAAUGACUACAACGCUGCUUUGGCAGCUCGAUAAACAUUUUUUUGUAAAGAGAAACUGCCUUUAUUUACAAAGGCCAAUGCCCCAAUGAACCUGUAUACCUAUUUUGGGCGCAACAAACCGAAUGCCCGCCUGUGUGUCCGUGUUGUCCAGUCUGAAUAGCUCUUCCUGUCUUGGUUCUUUCGUUGACUGUUUGCCAAGUCUUCAUCACACGGGGAAGCACCCAGGACUGAAAGGUCACAGCUUCCUCCUGACAACCUCCCCAAACAGAGAAGUUAACAAAAAAAGACAGAAACACUCCAAAAACUCUCCAACGUGUGUGUUGAAGUCAUUUCGUGGCGAUAUUACAUUUCCUACUCAGUUCCGUGUCAGUACCAGGAUGUUAGUGAUUGAUGAUGCUGUUCAUGGUGUGGCAAAAAUGGAAACAAAUAGUGAAUUAUAUCUUGUAUCUUGAUCAAGGAACUGUUGGAUUGGGCCCAGGCAACAUUGGUUUUCACCUGUUCUACUACAUGCUAAGUUCUUUUGCUGCCAUCAAGACUCUCUCUCAGUGUACCACAGUUCAAACAUAGCCUAUAGCACAGUGCCCCCUUCUCCAACCACGAAGAGGGGUAACUACGAUCUGCCGCUUUGCUUGUUUGGCUUCAACUCAAUUCUCCUCACAACCUAAUUUGGUCCCAAUUUAGAAUCCAAUCUGUGAUUGUCAACAUGAUUUGGCAGUCAAACGUGCUAAGUGAAUGUUUUCACCAGGGCUCAUCAGCGAUCAUUAGUGAGUUAAUCAAUGGCCCAAGUUCACCUUGGACCUUGUUGGAUGUAUCGAUCCUAAUAAGUGUCAGUCCUGUCACUCAAACUUGAACUGUUGUGUGGUGUUGCCAUGGUUACAAAGAAGGGCAAUUUUGCCUAUAUAGGGCUCACCAGCUUCUAGUGCUAAAACCCAGAAGUGAGUUACCUCUGUUUUUUUUCAGCCUUUCCUAUGGGGAAAGAAUAGGGGUUUUGGAUAAACUCUGAAAAUAUGGUCUGUGGUAAACACAGGCUUAGGAGAUCUUGUACACUUUGUUCAAUUCGAUAAUAGCAGUCAGUUAUUAUGACCUUUAUUCAUUAUGAAGCCUUUAUGUCCUUUUUUUAAUCACAUAAAUGCAUCAAAAUUCUCAAAGUGACGUUAGCUGAUGAAGAUUAUCUCCUAGAACAAAAUGUAUAAGAUCUCCUAAGCCUUUGUUUACCACAGACCUUAUUUUCAGUGUUUAUCCAAAAACCCUACAAAAAUGCCAUUCAUUUUCAAACCAUGGUGGAUUUAGUGCCUACAAAAAGACACCAUUACUAUUUCUCUGUAUUAGCUAGCUAGCUAAUAACAUAACAGCUAGAUGCAGAUACGACCCUGACCUCCUUUUACUGGCAGUGCCAUUGUCACAUUGAAACGAAUACUGAAAUUAACGAAUACUUUGCCCAUUGUUCAAAAGUACAAUAAUCAUUCUCGAGAAGUGAAUUGAAAUAUGUUACUCGGUGUAAAAGUCCUAUUUUGUUACAAAAAAUGAAGAAAAUGUACAUAAAUAUUUUGGAUUGAAAAUAUGUUUAAAACUCAUUCUAUGUAAAUACCGAUGCAGUGUGGAAAGAUUAUGAAGUGGAAUUAUAGUAAAAGAAUAACAGAUAGCUAGUGUUACUUGUUGCUAGUUGGCCACAGAAUGAUUUUAGGUACAACCUGUUUCAAUGUUUUGGACAGAUCUAAGGAGUAAGGAAUGACUCAGAAUUGGGUAAAGCUUUUAAUAUUAUUCUUCGCCUUUCAGAGAACAUCAUGACAGAUUGUUGUUCUCUCUGCUGGAAUGUAUUGUUCAGCAACUGUUGCACAAACGUCUCUGAACUCAAUGUUUCCCGAAGUGUCUGGGGAAACGUCAAAGUCUCCUAAAGUUUCAGGGGGAAACUCUGUGCCUUAGCCAUCUAUCUAUACUCCUGCCUAGGGGACUCUUCAAACGUUCUGUCCAUCUAUGAACAUUAAAUUGUUACGGUCGUUUUUACUUUCCACAAAAAAAGUGAAAGAAGAGCACCAAGAGUUAGUCGUUGUGAUUUGAUGAAAUCUGUAACACCAAAAAAGAUGUCCUCUGUUGUAAAUACCAUGCCUUCUUGUCCUUCGCUUUUACAUUUUUGUGGAUUUGUUUUUUUUGGGUUGGUACAUUUUUCUCUGACUGCUUUCUUUUGAAAUAAAAGAGCUCUCUCUAAA